GGCUGUAGCCGGGGGGCGGGGCCUCGCGCGCGCUGUGGCAGCGGCGGCUGGAGCGGGGCCGCGGUGGCAGGACCGGGGGCGGCAGCUGCAGCUCGGAGCCCCAUGGUGCGCGGCGGCGGCCAGGCCGCAGGAGGAACCCGAGACCCCGGUCGCCCCGGCUGACCGCACGGACCCGAGCGGCCCGGAGCCGCCGCCGCCCGUCGGGCCCCGCCGGGGCGCGGGCUGGCCAGCCAUGGGGUCCCUGUUCCGGAGCGAGACCAUGUGCCUGGCGCAGCUCUUCCUGCAGUCCGGCACGGCCUACGAGUGCCUCAGCGCCCUGGGCGAGAAGGGCCUGGUCCAGUUCCGAGACCUCAACCAGAAUGUAAGUUCCUUCCAAAGAAAAUUUGUUGGUGAGGUGAAGAGGUGUGAAGAACUAGAACGAAUAUUAGCAUAUUUGGUACAGGAAAUUAAUAGAGCUGAUAUUCCCCUGCCUGAGGGAGAGACCAGUCCUCCUGCACCCCCUCUGAAACAAGUCCUAGAAAUGCAGGAGCAGCUGCAGAAGCUCGAGGUUGAGCUGAGAGAAGUCGCCAAGAACAAGGAGAAACUGAGGAAGAACCUGCUUGAACUGAUUGAGUACACUCACAUGCUCAGAGUGACAAAAACCUUCGUGAAACGAAAUGUGGAGUUUGAACCUACUUAUGAAGAAUUCCCUCCCUUAGAGAAUGAUUCCUUGUUGGACUACAGCUGUAUGCAGAGGCUGGGAGCAAAACUGGGGUUUGUAUCUGGCCUAAUUAACCAAGGGAAAGUUGAAGCAUUUGAGAAAAUGCUGUGGAGGGUCUGCAAAGGGUAUACCAUCGUGACCUAUGCAGAACUGGAUGAGCCCCUCGAGGACCCUGAAACUGGAGAAGUCAUAAAGUGGUAUGUGUUUUUAAUAUCCUUUUGGGGAGAGCAGAUUGGCCACAAGGUUAAGAAGAUAUGUGAUUGUUACCACUGCCACGUUUACCCCUACCCGAAUACAGCUGAGGAGCGGAAGGAGAUUCAGGAGGGGCUCAAUACCCGGAUUCAGGAUCUCUACACUGUGCUCCACAAAACCGAGGAUUAUUUAAGGCAAGUGCUGUGUAAAGCCGCCGAAUCCGUCUACAGCCACGUCAUCCAGGUGAAGAAGAUGAAAGCCAUUUACCACAUGCUGAACAUGUGCAGCUUCGACGUGACCAACAAGUGCCUCAUCGCCGAAGUCUGGUGUCCUGAGGCCGAUCUGCACGAGCUGCGCCGGGCGCUCGAGGAGGGGUCGAGAGAGAGCGGUGCUACAAUCCCCUCAUUUAUGAACACCAUCCCAACAAAAGAAACCCCCCCGACUCUAAUCCGCACCAACAAAUUCACCGAGGGCUUUCAGAACAUUGUGGACGCCUAUGGAGUCGGGAGCUACAGAGAAGUGAACCCAGCUCUCUUCACCAUCAUCACUUUCCCUUUUCUGUUCGCCGUGAUGUUCGGAGACUUCGGACAUGGCUUCGUGAUGUUCUUGUUUGCCCUCUUGCUGGUGUUAAAUGAAAACCACCCCAGACUAAAUCAGUCACAAGAGAUCAUGCGCAUGUUUUUCAAUGGCCGAUACAUCCUCCUGCUGAUGGGGCUGUUCUCCGUGUACACGGGCCUCAUCUACAACGACUGCUUUUCAAAGUCGGUCAACCUGUUCGGCUCUGGGUGGAGCGUGUCAGCCAUGUACAGCUCCAGCCACACCCCUGCGGAGCAGAAGAAGAUGGGGCUCUGGAAUGACAGCAUCGUCAGGCACAACAGGGUUUUGCAGUUGGACCCGAGCAUUCCUGGAGUGUUCCAAGGCCCUUACCCUCUUGGUAUCGAUCCUAUUUGGAACUUGGCCACAAAUCGCCUCACUUUCCUAAACUCUUUCAAAAUGAAAAUGUCUGUGAUUUUAGGAAUUAUUCACAUGACUUUUGGAGUCAUUCUGGGAAUAUUUAACCACUUGCAUUUCCGGAAGAAGUUCAAUAUUUAUUUGGUUUCUGUCCCGGAACUUCUCUUUAUGCUGUGCAUCUUUGGAUACCUUAUAUUUAUGAUCGUCUAUAAGUGGCUGGUUUAUUCGGCAGAAACCUCCAGAGUCGCUCCCAGCAUUCUGAUUGAAUUUAUUAACAUGUUUUUAUUCCCGGCUAGUGAAACGAAUGGUCUUUACUCAGGGCAGGAGCACGUCCAGAGACUGCUGCUGGCCGUCACGGCGCUGUCCGUUCCCGUUCUCUUCUUGGGAAAACCACUCUUCUUGCUGUGGCUCCACAACGGGCGCAGCUGCUUUGGCGUGAGCCGGAGUGGUUACACACUCGUAAGGAAAGACAGCGAGGAAGAAGUUUCUCUACUGGGAAGCCAAGACAUAGAAGAGGGAAAUAACCAAAUAGAAGAUGGAUAUAGAGAAAUGAUGUGUGAAGAGUUUAAUUUUGGAGAGAUACUGAUGACCCAAGUGAUUCAUUCCAUCGAGUACUGUCUGGGGUGCAUCUCCAACACCGCUUCAUACCUGAGGCUCUGGGCUCUCAGCCUGGCCCACGCACAGCUGUCUGACGUCCUGUGGACCAUGCUGGUGCGCGUGGGCCUCCGGGUAGACACCACUUACGGAGUCUUGCUGCUGCUACCAGUAAUCGCUCUCUUUGCAGUGUUGACAAUUUUCAUCCUUUUGAUCAUGGAAGGCCUUUCUGCAUUUCUCCACGCCAUACGCCUCCACUGGGUAGAAUUUCAGAACAAGUUCUACGUUGGUGCAGGCACCAAGUUUGUUCCUUUCUCAUUCAGACUACUUUCGUCGAAGUUCAGUGACGACGUGGCAUGAUCGUAUUGCCGUAUCCAAACAAGCUUUCGGAUUUAUGGAGAAUUAUCAUGUUACAGAAUUUCACUUCUGUCAAACUUACGAUAGGAAAAAUUCCGUCUUCAUUGAUUGCCUUAUGAUAUAGCCAAAUAAUUCUGUAAGAUAUACCUCUUCCUCAUGUUAAAUAUUUUGUAACGUUUAUCAAUUUCAGAUAUGUAAAUUUCUUUCAGUUUUUAUGGUGAGCAAACUUAAGUUAAUGCCAAAAGUUAUGUUAAAGUUAUUUUUAAAAAUAGAGGCUUGGGGGGGAGAAGUGGUUUUGAAUGGCUAGUUGAAAAUGGUCUUAGCUACUCGAGUCCUUUUCACCUUAUUAAAAAAAAAAAUUACAGCGUUACUCUGUCACUUGAAGUUGUCAGAUAAUAUUUUCCAACAGCUGAAGUUUAGUUUUUUAAAAAAUUUAAUGACGGAUAAUCAAAAGAUUCGCAUUUAUUCUGCUUGAUUAAAAGUAUGUAAACAUUUUGUAUCGUAUGCUGUCUAGAACUGCAAGUAGGGGAUUGUUUCUACAAUUUUGUCUUGUUUUAAUAAUUGGAGAAAACGGGAUAAAAUAACGUACGACAGAUGGUUA